AUGUCUCUCUUCCGUACUAGUUUCCCUGGCUCUGGCGACUUCGCCCCUCUCUUCCGUCUACUUGAUGACUACGACGUCCACCGUUCCGCUCGCAACCAGCCUGCGUCUCAGUCCUUCUCUCCUCGCUUUGAUGUCCACGAGACUGAUGAAGCCUAUCACCUGGAUGGCGAGCUCCCUGGCGUUGACCAGAAGGACAUCAACAUCGAGUUCUCCGACCACCAGACUCUUGUUGUGAAGGGUCGCACCGAGCACGAGCACCGUACUUCUGACGCUCAGGGAUCCACCGAGGAUUCUGAGCAGAUCGAUUCCAAGACCGAUUCCAAGACCGACUCCAAGCCCACUCGUCGCUUCUGGGCCACUGAGCGCUCUGUCGGCGAAUUCCAGCGCACCUUCACUUUCCCGACUCGUGUUGACCAGGACAAUGUCAAGGCCAGCCUGAAGAACGGCAUCCUGUCUGUCACUGUUCCCAAGACUACUGCCGCUGCCACCAAGAAGAUCACCAUUGAGUAA